AUGGUCAAGAAACAAAAGAAAAAGCAACCGAUUACAGCCAGAACACAACCUACCGACGCAAAAUUCAAACACUCUCGAGUAGAAACAGCCCGUCUGAUUCGAAAAUUUCAUGUAUUGAACAAGGAGCUUGCCAAAUGUAAAGCAGAUCCACAAUUCAUCAAGCGAGAGCAAGAGAUUUUAAAAGAAAUGGAGGCCAUGGGAGGGCUGGAUUGGUAUCAAAAGGCCUCUCAGUUGGGACAAAGUAAAUCGAGAGGAGGAGAUUCUUCCAAAUGGCUGAUUCAGACACUCAAAUCGCACUGCAAUGAGCUUGUGGAUCUCUGCAACAAACCUGUCAAAGUGCUGGACAUUGGAGCAGUGGCGCCGGAUAAUUACAAACCUUACAGCUCUUGGAUCACUGCAAAGCCUAUUGAUCUCAAUCCACAAGACCCUGCGAUACAAAAACAAGACUUUCUGCAGAUGAAGCCGCCUAGCAAGGACGAUAAAUUUGACAUUGUGUGCUUGAGUUUGGUGAUCAAUUUCGUGGGCGAUCCCAAAGAUAGAGGGCAAAUGCUGAAACAUACCCGAGAUUUCUUUACCUUACCUUCAGUGGCUGGCCGCUUGCAUCAUUUAUUCUUGGUGGUGCCUUUACCUUGCGUGAGCAACUCUCGCUACAUGACACACGAACACUUGCUCAAGAUGAUGGGGUCUAUAGGAUACACCAGAUGCAUUCAUAAUCAUUUCUCCAACAAACUAGCCUACUACCUCUUUGAACUAACAGGAUUACCAGACACAACGCAUGUAGAAUGGAAAAAGAAGAUUCUGCAAGACGGUGGUGGUCGUAACAAUUUCGCUGUGGUCAUGGAAUAA